AUGUCCCACUCCAGGCUGCUGCUCCUCCUCAUCCUACUUGGAGCCGCCGGCACCGGCCGCGCCCUGAGCCUCUCCAGUGCCGCCUCCAUCUUCAGCUGCCUCAACGCCGCCCUGUCGGAGGUGCAGAAGAUCCAUCCCGAGGAAAACGCCGUCCUGGACAAGCGCGGCUCCGAGUCACCGUCCCUGGAGGAGGCGUCCGAGGAGGAGGCGAUGGAGGAAGAGCUUGGGAAAAGGACAUUCCCAGGGGACGGGCACUACAAAUACGUGUCCCAGGCGCAGGCGAAGGGCAAGAGCUACCAGAACCGGGCCAAGAGCGACCGGCGCGCCAAGGUGACGCUGUCCCUGGACGUGCCCACCAACAUCAUGAACAUCCUCUUCAACAUCGCCAAGGCCAAGAACUUGCGGGCCAAGGCGGCGGCCAAUGCCCACCUGAUGGCCCAGAUCGGGCGGAGGAAGUGA